UGUUUUUUAUGACGUCACAAAAAUUUACCGAGCCGUCCGAGCCAGUCAAAAUGUCUUCCCUCGCAAGCUUUUUGCCUGCUCCGUCCCAGCCAACAUGGGACAGAGACGAAGAAAGGAGAAAGAUGAUGGCCAAGCAGGCGAACAUGGCCAUGAUUCCAGUAGGCCCCGCCGCUCCGCCGUACGGCCAGAGACAAGGGUGGAUUCCAAGAAAUCCAGAGGAUUUUAGCGAUGGAGGAGCCUACCCUGAAAUCACAGUUGCCCAGUACCCGCUCAGCAUGGGGAGACCGGAAAAGGCAGCUUCGUCAAAUGCGCUAGCCGUCCAGCUCGAUGCAGAGGGAAAAGUUAAAUACGAUGUCAUUGCAAGACAAGGUCAUGCCAAAGACAAAAUCGUCUACUCAAAAUUGUCUGAUUUGUUGCCGGCUGAGGUUGUGGCCGAAGACGAUCCUUCACUGUCCAAGCCAAAUGAAGAGGAAAUUGAAGAAAAUACUGAGAAGACUCGCCUUGCUCUUGAAAAACUCACUCAGUCUAAAAUUGAUGCCGCCAUGCCCGUGCGUUGUGCAGAGAAAGUGGGUCCGGCUCAUUACAUCAGGUACACGCCUGCGCAGCAAGGUGCGUCGUUCAACUCUGGCGCCAAGCAGAGGGUGAUUCGCAUGGUCGAGCUGCAGUCGGAUCCGAUGGAGCCGCCCAAGUUCAAAAUCAACCAGAAGAUCCCAAGAGGCCCUCCCUCUCCUCCGGCACCGGUUAUGCAUUCGCCCACCAGGAAGGUCACUGUCAAGGAGCAGAAGGAGUGGAAAAUUCCACCGUGCAUCUCAAACUGGAAAAACGCCAAGGGUUACACCAUUCCAUUGGACAAGCGUCUGGCUGCUGACGGUCGUGGACUACAACAGGUCCACAUUAACGAGAACUUUGCUAAGUUGGCAGAAGCCCUUUACAUUGCGGAUAGAAAGGCAAGAGAAGCUGUGGAAACAAGAACUCAGCUUGAAAAGAAGGUAGCGCAGAAAGAAAAGGAAAAGAAGGAGGAGAAUCUCCGCCUCUUGGCCCAGAAAGCUCGAGAGGAGCGAGCUGGCAUCAGAAGAGAUGCGGCUACAGAAAAAGAUGAGGAAGUCCGCGAAAGAGAUCAGCUGCGGUAUGAGCGUCAUAAGGAGAGAGCCCGUGAAAGAAAUAUUGCCAGGGCAGCACCAGAUAAAAGAAAUAAGCUUCAGCGAGAGAGGGAACGCGAUGUUAGUGAAAUGAUUGCCCUUGGCAUGCCAGCUCGCGGACAAGCGUCUCACGAGACUCAGUACGAUCAGCGACUCUUCAACACCAGCAAAGGCAUGGACUCUGGUUAUGGCGACGAUGAAGCUUAUAAUGUCUACGAUAAGCCUUGGAGGGACAACAGCGGCCUUGGCCAGCACAUUUAUCGUCCGUCUAAAAAUGUCGACAAGGAUAUUUAUGGAGACGAUUUAGACAAGUUGAUGAAAACAAACAGGUUUGUGCCUGACAAAGACUUCAGCGGUACGGAUAGAAAUGCAGCACCACGAAGUGGACCAGUUCAGUUUGAGAAGGACGAGGAGGAUCCCUUCGGUUUGGACCAGUUCUUGACGCAGGCCAAGAAAGCAGCUGCCAGCAAGCGACCCAAAGAUGACCGUGACGGCCGUAAAGAAGAAAAGUCUAGUUACGAUCGUGGAGAUAAGCGUCGCCGCAAGGACUAGAUUUAUUCUGUUAAUGGACUUUCUUUGAUUUCUUCUCUUAAUUGUAAGCCACUAAAAGAAAACAGAUUUUUAAUUAA